UAUGUUUCAAAGUCAUUUGGAAUAUGCUGGAAAGACAUCAUAAAUACAAUAAAAUGUUGUUGGAGAAGUAUGUAAUUUUGAAAAUCAAUUCAAUUCAAGAGUAGUAUAUUCAAGAAAAUUAUACUAAUACCUUUUAAUACAAAUGAUCGUUAUAUGUACACUAUUUGAAUUAAAGUGUUAGCAUUAUUCAUAUAUUGGGUAUAUGCUUCACCUUCUCUAGAUUCAUACUUAGAGGGUAAGCCAUGGCUAUUUUGGCUUUGUCUGUUUAUUUCAAUAGGCACUGCAACAAUGGCAUUAAUAUUCAGAAAAGAUGUAGCCAUAUUUCCAUGGAAUUGGGUUGUGUUUGUCACUUUCACUCUCUCUAUUUCAAUAGUAUGUGGUACAUUAGUUGCUUUGGGAGACUCAGUUAUUGGUCUUUUAGUUUUCAGCAGUCUUGCAAGUAUUCAAAUCUAAAUUAAUAUAUAGGCAUGGUGUUUUUCUUGUUUAUGUAUUCAUUGACAGUCAAAAGAAGACUCACUUAUUAAGGAUCAAUACUAUUUAUUUCAGCUAGUAUCCUCCUCAUUUUUGAAAUUUUCACAAUCUUUACUGAAGUUUCACUAUUCUGGUUAUCUACUGUUUCACUCUUUGCUUUUCUUUUGGCAUUUCUUCUGAUUUAUGACACUUACACAAAUGUUAAGUAUAAAUUUAAUAUCUAUUUUUAGUUCAGGAGAUCAAUAUGAUGUCAAUUAAGCAGAUGAAGUAUCAGGAAGUGUAAUUAUAUAUUGGGAUGUCAUCUUGUUAUUCUUAAAAAUGAAUGAACUUAUUAAAGAUUACUUAGUGAGGGAACGCAAUUGAA